AUGGAAUAUCAAAGAUCCUUCAGCAAUGGCUCUAAUAACCUACAAAAAGAGUUACCUAACACAUGCAUUGUUUCUUCACAACACAGCCUCGCAUCAGUUCCUUCCCUCAACUCAAACUCAAACUCACAACUUCAAGAAUCUUCCUUCACAUGCAUCACAACUCUGAAGCUCCACACUUACAUAUCCUCUUUAACCCUUGCAGGAAAAUUCCUCUACACUGGUUCAUCCAACAAAGAAAUCACAUCAUGGAAUAGUACUCAUUUUCAUUCUCAACCACAAGAGUCAAUUAACACAAUAGUUUCUGGAAACGGUGCAGUGAAAUCAAUAGUAAUCCAUUCAGACAAGCUUUUCACAGCUCAUCAAGAUAACAAAAUCCGCAUUUGGAAAAUCACAAUCACCAACGACGAACUUCAACAGCAACACAAGUUCACCCACUUAGCCACACUCCCAACAUUCACCGACCGUUUCACAACAAUCUUGAACCCCAAAAACCAUGUUAAGAUUCGAAGGCACAAAAAAUGCACAUGGAUUCACCAUGUUGACACAGUCUCUUCCCUUGCCUUAUCCAAAGACGGAACCUUGUUAUACUCCGUUUCAUGGGACAGAACAAUCAAGAUUUGGAAAACCAAAGACUUAACAUGUUUGGAAUCAGUGCAAACCGCGCACGACGAUGCAAUAAACGCAAUCACAGUUUCUGAUGACGGAUAUGUUUACACUGGAUCAACUGAUAAAAAAAUCAAGGUUUGGAAGAAAGAAAAAGGCGAUAAGAACCACUCGUUGGUAGAUACACUGGAGAAACACGGGUCUGGUAUUAAUGCAUUGGCCCUUAACAGUGAUGGUUCAGUUUUAUAUUCUGGUGCAUGUGAUAGAUCAAUAUUGGUGUCUGAGAGAGGCGAAAAUGGUAAUUUGGUAGUGAUGGGUGCGCUUCGUGGUCACACAAAGUCUAUAUUGUGUUUGGCAGUAGUUUGUGAUUUGUUGUGCAGUGGUUCUGAGGAUAAGACAAUCCGAAUUUGGAGAAGCAAUAGUAAUAAUGUUGAUAGCUAUAGAGAGUAUUGUUGUUUGGGUGUUUUAGAAGGACAUAAAGGUCCAAUUAAGUGCCUAACUGCUGUGCUUGAUCAUUUUGAUGAACAAUCAUCGGAUUCGGAUGCGACUUUUCUUAUCUAUAGUGGAAGUUUGGACUGUGAUAUUAAGGUUUGGAAGAUGUUACUUCCUCUUCUAUGA